UUUGCGGCGUGGGGGUUUUGUUGUCCGUCCCUCGGGUGGCGGCGGUCAUGGCGACGUACGUGAGCGAGCUGGAGGCGGCUAAGAAGAGCCUCAGCGAGGCGCUGGGCGAGAACGUGAAGCAGUACUGGGCCAACUUGAAGCUGUGGUUCAAGCAGAAGAUCAGUAAGGAGGAGUUUGACCUGGAAGCACGCAGGCUUCUCACGCAAGACAAUGUCCACUCUCACAACGAUUUCCUCCUGGCCAUUCUUACCCGAUGCCAGAUCUUGGUUUCUGCACCAGAAGGUGCUGGAACUCUGCCGUGGCCAGGUGGCUCUGCAACUAAACCUGGAAAACCCAAAGGAAAGAAAAAGAUAUCUUCUGUUCGACAAAAGUUUGAUCACCGGUUCCAGCCUCAGAAUCCGCUGUCUGGAGCCCAGCAAUUUGUGGCAAAGGAUCCUCAGGAAGAUGAUGAUUUGAAGCUGUGUUCUCAUACCAUGAUGCUUCCUACACGUGGCCAGUUAGAAGGAAGGAUGAUCGUAACAGCAUAUGAGCAUGGGCUAGACAAUGUUACAGAGGAGGCAGUGACGGCAGUUGUUUAUGCUGUAGAGAACCAUCUUAAGGAUAUUCUGACAUCUGUGAUAUCCCGGCGGAAAGCCUAUCGUCUGAGAGAUGGCCAUUUCAAAUAUGCCUUUGGAAGCAAUGUUAACCCUCAGCCAUAUCUGAAGAACAGUGUUGUUGCUUACAACAAUUUAAUUGAGUGCCCUCCAACCUGUGCGGCGCCUUCUGCUGGUCAGAGUCUAGCUCCACAGCCCCUGCCCGAUGAUGCUGAGCAGCAGGCAGCACUACUCCUGGCAUGCUCUGGAGACACCUUACCAGCAUCCCUCCCACCAGUGAACAUGUGCACAAAGAAGUUAUUCCUGCGCACACUGUCUAUGCUCUAAACAUUGAGAGAAUUGUCAUGAAACUCUGGCAUCCAAACCACGAGGAGCUGCAGCAGGAUAAAAUCCAUCGCGAGCGCCUGGCAGCAAAGGAGGGCCUUCUACUCUGCUAGAACUAGGACCCAUGUCAGGCCUCGGAUGGCUAUUGUGCUGUUCCUUGGACUUGACACUUGGAUGCUUCUUACAAACCUCUGUCAGCAUUUCAAGGAUGUUGUAAGUUAUGAGACAACUUUUCCUAUGGAAAUAUGACUGAGUUGCAGUACACUUUCUCUGCUUCCCCAGAGUCAGGUGUCAUGGAGUGCUUGCAGCAAUCCCACUGAAGUGGGAAGGAGAAAUGAGAUUUGUUUGCAAAGACUGGUUUGGAUUUUCUUGUUUGGGUUUUUUUUGGGGGGUGUGUUUUUUUUGUGUUUUUUUUUUUUUUUUUUUAAGAAAUGUGAGGGUGGAAAGAGUUGGUUUUAAAAAAAGUGUAUUUGUGUUAUCUUUUGUGAGCAUGGAGAAUCUGCCUCCUCAUCUUCCCCUCUUGGGUAGUUUCCAUUCUGAGCUCAGGCUCCAGGGGCCUUGUCCACCUUUUGCGGUUGGUGGGAUCCUCUUCCACUCAUUUAACUGGAACAAGGGGGGCUCUUCUGAAGAUGAGCAAUUCUGUAAGCUGACAUUGUUCCUCUUCUGCCAGGGAAACUUUAAGAAACUCUGAGAAAACAGGUUAAAAAGGGAAGGGUCCUUCCUAGCCUGUUAUUUGAACUGUUUUGCAUCACAAAACAUGAAGGUGCACACUGUCAUAGAAAUCUCUCUCCAGUUACCAAAAUGCACAAUAAAAUCAGGUUGUGAGUAGUGUUUUCCUAUCAGCCUUGUCCUUCACUCACCUCUGUGUUGCAGUAGUGGUGAUCAGAUGCUCUAGGAGUUGUUGGACCUAUGGUAAGAGGCAACCUCUGUGUCUGUCAGUACAGCUAAUGGUUUAGCCCUCACAGCAGGCAGCUUGACCAUCCCUGAGGUGGGACAGCAACCUCUGAAUACAUAUACCAGUGCACUGUCAGCAUUGCAGGCUCCUUGGAUUUGCAGCGUAAGCAAGAUGUCUCAUAUUAACUUCAUCAGAAAAAUAUGCAGCCAGACCUCUCCACAUGGGAGGAUGCAUAUCACUGUGUGUGAAAGGAGAAAUUCCACCUGAUGUGCUUUUAUAACAUGAGAAUUCUGUUUAAAUGUUUUAGUUAAUAUAUUACCUGUUUUAAACUACAUGUAUGGAGAUACCUGCUGAAGGAUGACUUGGCUCAGUGUGCCAGCAGAUAGCGGAAUUGAAACAGUUUUCUCUGGGGGAUAUGAAAGGGGGAGUUCAUUGUCCCCCUCUAUUCUAGUGUGCCUGUUUGGGAAGUAUUUGGAUAGGAGAUCUUUCCCUUUUCUUGCACAGUUUCUUUAGCUGCUGUGCCCCCAGGACUAAAGAGGGUGCAGGUCUCUGAUGUUUCCUCCCAGUUGUGUUUUUAAUAACAUCUGUUGUUGACCCCUGUGGCUGUUCAUAUUGGACCAGAGUUGUAGCAAGGGGCUGUGCAGCUGUCCCUGUGUUUCUGGCUUUCCUGCAGCAUCUUGUGGGAUGUGCUGUGGAGUUGGGCAUAGCAAGAGAGGGUGCCCAUGCAGAUAGUGGUGGCUCUCAUCAUGAGAAGACCAUUUAAGGAUUACAAAGAAGCUGGGAAAGGCAGCAGCAGAGACCUAUGGCAGGGUCUGGCAGGAUGAGAGCAGUUGUACUUGGUAGGUCACGUCUCUUAAAGUAUAGCAGUGUGCUUACGAGAGGAGUGGGAGAGAGGAGAUGGAAGAUUUCUUUUGGUUCCUUUCUCUCAACUGCCACUUUUUCUGUAUUUAAGCAUACAUGUCUGUUCUGAGUGAGCCUUAGCUUAAAAGUUGACCCCAGUGGCUUUUACAUGACAGUUUUUAAAAGCAACAUUGAACCUGAGUAACUCUGUAAGAUCAUCAAGUCACCCAAAGCAUGGACUCUGGGGUGUGGGAGGGGGAUUUCCCUGAUAACUGUUAUGUUUCUGGUGUAAAAUGAAAGCAUUAAGUUUGUUUGCUAGAAACUUUGGGGCAGCUCUAAGGAUUUCAGAUCUGAAGAAAGCACACAGCCUCCAAACAGCAUCACAAGCGAGUUCUGAAACAAAACACUAAACAUGACACAAGAAGUGCCUCCCUCUUCUGUCUGCAUGUGCUGGGAGAAGGCUCUGCAGACAGAGCCUCAUGUUCUGAAGAGCUGAGUCAUCUAUUCCACACAUAAUAAGUGGGUUAUUUGGUACACCUGCUAGACAACAAAGGCUGGAAUAAGGAAAUCCUGUCAGCUCCAUUUCACAAAUCAGAAAACUGAAAGGCACAUGUUCUCAAUGCACUUUCCCACAAAGUGAGAGGUCUUGUGGGAAGUGGUGCUUCUGGGGCAAUUUUGCUGGAAGGGACAUCUGGAGGCUGCUUUAUCUACUCUCUGCUGAAAGAAGGGCUAAAUUCAAAGCUGGAGCAGGUUGACUGUCUUUGGAGAUGAGACCAGAGAAAUGGUGGCAUUUACUAUUACAGUUGUCUGACCAUGCUGACAGUGAAGGUUUUUCCUUGCAUCUCAUCUGGAUUUCUCAUGUUGUGCCUGUUGCCUUUCAGCUUUUCCUGUGUGUCUUUGUGACUCUCCAUCAGUGAUAGCAGAUAAUAGGAAGAUCUCCCUUUGCCUUCUCUCCAGGCUGAACAAACCUGGCAAUCUCAGCUUCUUAUAUGUGUGCUGCAGCCUAUCUUGAUAGCCUCCACUGAAGUUGCUCUGGUGUGUCACUGUCCUUGUGCUGUUGAUCCCAAACUGGACCCAGCUCUCCAGAUGGUCCUGUGAGUGCUGAGCAGAGAUGAAGAUCCCUGUCUUCACCCUGCUGGGUGGGCUCCUGCUAGUGGUUGGCCCUUGCUGCACAGGUGCACUGAGGAAUCCUGGGUUCCUUGUUCACCCACACUUCCAGGUCCUUUCCUGCAAAGCUGCUUUCUUGCCUGUUGUCUCCAGCCUGUUCUGCUGCAGGAAGUUACUCCAUCACAGUGGCCAGGUUGUGUAUUUGCCAUUGAACUUCCUGAGGUUCCUUUCAGCCUCUUUCUCCAGCCUGUCUAGGUCCCUCUGAAUAGCAGCUCUGCCCUUCUGUAUAUGAAACCACUCUUUCCAAUUUGGUGCCUAUAUGCUCCAUCCUGCCAUCCAGGUCAGUAGCAAACAUAGAAAGCAUAAGAAGCCCCAGAGCUGACUCCUGAGUGUUGUUCCCAGUAUUGAGUGCCACUAGUAACCAGCAGCCAGCUGGAGUCUUAAUUGCUGACCACUGCUGUUGGAGGCCUGCCCUGAAAGCAGAGUUGAUAGUACUGAUAUGUGUCACUGUUUGUUAGGCUGAGGGCUUUCACUGUGACAUGGCAUAUGUCUGCACUAUAGUAAUCAGCCCUCUAAAAUGAGUAAGAUUAUUGAACUUAAAAGCAGUAGCUCGAAGUAGCUUAGUUUGGAAGGGUUUGUCUUCUGCCCCGGGAUCCACCAAGAACCUGUCAGUUCUAUGGCAAGCUGGGCUUGACCAAAACUGUUCUGCCAAAAAACUUACAAUGGAAGCUUUUCAGGGUUAUCUUAGGCAACCUGCAGUGCUGUGUAGUGGUCUUCACCACUGAAGAGUUUUUCUGCAGUCCUCUGCCUCUUGGUGCAGUUUAGCUCUAGAACUUGUGUUCACCCCAGAGUAUUGUAUGGGAAGACAGAGGGAAGGAAUGUGGCAUUAUCUGUCACAUCACCAGUAGUGAGAAUUGCAUCCUAUGUUCUUAUUGCAGUAGGAACUGUGCAAUGUACUGAAAGUAGCUACUUGGGAGCUUCUAGUGCUUCUAGCAUCCACUUCUAGAUGGAUGGAAAACCAUUAACCACGGGGGGGGGGAGGCAGAAAGUGAGUGAGAGUCCACUGGGCUCACUUCAUGGCCUGAGUUUGGGUGAAGAUGGCCAUCUGAUCUCAAGAUCUGAUCAAUGCUUCUGAGAGUGUAGGAUGCAGAAAGAAAAUCUCUUAAUUUUUCAGACUUUCCAGCUGCCAGACCUGACUUCAGUCUGACAGAGCCUGUCCACCUGGGUGCCAAGGAGGAUCUUAGAGCUGUGAAUGUAGUCUUCCUCAGCACCCCAAAUAGUCUUGCUCCUCAGACUGGUGACCAGGAAAGCUGUUUCUCAUCGCUAGUUCACAGCAGAAACCUGGAGCAUAGCACUUGCCGUGAGAUACGCUUUUCUCUUUUCUCUUAGCUUAACUGCUAAUAUAUUCCCUCCCAGCCUUCCCACUUUUUCUUCUGCAGCUGAGGUGAAUGUUUUUGGUUAUUGCCCCAGUUCUUCCUUGUAGCAGAAAUCCCCAUGUUGUAGAAAGCUGGGAUAUGGCUUGAUGCAAAGAGUGACUCUGAGGGCCAGAAACUGUGUGCCAGCAGUGCCUAAAAACAUGAACUCUCGUGAGUUUGUACCACCUUCCUCCUAUGUGACCUUAAGGAAACUUCUGGCAAAGA